UAUUUGUUUUUUGGAGCACAAAUUUUCGCAAAAAAGACACGAGCUUAUUUCGCAAUGAUUGGACUUGAAAUUGAAGAAAUUAAUUUUAUUAAAAUUUUCUUUACUGCUGUUAUUAUUUAUCUUGGAGUUACAAUUGGAUUUCUUUCAUUUGGACAAAAUUUGUUAACCAAUUUUUUGAGACAAACUGUUUGCUAUGGAAAACUUGUUGACAAUGCAUCGAAUUUAUUUAUCAGUCGACUGGAAGUUCCAAAGCGAUGGUUUCGACAUUUCUACAUUUUUGCGGCUCCACUUUCCAUGUUUGCAUUAUAUUUAGUGACAAACAAAUAUUUUUACAAUAAAGAGAUUCCGAACUAUAUUUUUGACAUUUUGGAUCUCUCUUUAGGAAAACAGAGAGAAACAUCAGUGCCUCCUGCAAAUACUAUUUUUGCACUUAUUCUUCUCACCGGUCAUUUAACAAAAAGAUUGUACGAGACUCAAAGUGUUAAUGUAUUCAGCGAUGCAAAAAUUAAUAUUGCACAUUAUCUUAUCACUUUUUUGCAUUAUUCCAGUUUAAUGAUUAUUAUUCUCGGCGAAUCGGAGGGAAUCGUAAAAGAUUCUGAGGUGAAUUGGGAAAAUUCACUGCAGUUAAAAGAUUGGUUUGCUGGAUUAAUUUUUAUUCUAAUGACUUACGAACAAUUGAAAACGAAUCAAAUUCUUUCGAAUUUAAGAAAAAAUGAAAAUGGCAUUGUCGUGACGAAAGAAUACAAAAUUCCCCAAGGAAGACUCUUCAAUUAUAUUUCAUCGCCAUUGCAAUUGACUGAAAUCGCCGUUUAUGGAGCAUUGCAAAUUAUAUUAAGCGACAGUUCAUCGUAUUUGUUUAUUUAUUUAUGGAUCGUUGAAAAUCAGUUUCUGUGCGCCUUUCUCUCUCACCAAUGGAACAAAAAGAACUUUAAAAAUUAUCCCCAAUCGAGAAAAAUAAUUAUUCCAUUUUUAUUAUAAUGAUUAUAAUUUAAUGAAAACUUUUUCUAUAAA